GCCGCCACCACGGCUUCCUCUGGGGCUCCCGGACGCCUGCUACCGCGGCAGCUCGGCCUGAGGGUGGGGCUUUCCCACUUUUCAGGGAACCCUUGGCCCUCUGUCACCAUGCUGCUCCCAAUACGCGGCUUCUUGUUGCCCACCGUGGCUGGCCAGGAAGAGAAACCCGACCGCCUUUUUGAAGAGCUCCUCCAGAAACUGAACCAUCAUGGGGACGGGAUGGUGGACAUCACAGAACUGCAGAAAGGACUGGAAGCUAUGGGCAUCCCUAUGGGCCAGGACGAGGAGAUAAUAUUAAAAUCUGUUGAUAGUAACACAUCCAAUCUGCUGAACUUUGGCACAUUUAUGCAGUACCUUAAGGAUAAUGAGAAGACACUGAAGUUGACUUUUAAGAGUUUGGACAGAAAUAAUGAUGGAGUGAUUGAUACUUCAGAAAUUAUUGAUGCUCUCAACUUAAUAGGUGUACAUAUUUCAGAAAAAGAGGCAGUGAAGAUUCUUGAAAGGAUGGAUACCGAUGGGUCAAUGACAGUGGACUGGGAUGAAUGGAGGAAGUAUUUUUUAUUUAAGCCUGAAAGAAAUGUUGAGGAAAUUGCUCAUCAUUGGAACAAUUUUAUUGGAAUUGGCAUGGGAGAAGGAUGGACUUUUCCUCAUUUACCUGAAAGCAGAAGCUCUGGCCUGUUAUGGAAAUAUCUGUCGGCUGGAGGCAUAGCUGGUACUUGUGCUCGAACAUGCACAGCACCAUUGGAACGCCUAAAAACCCUAAUGCAGAUUUUGAAGACUUAUUGGCUAAAGACUAAUGCAGAAGUCCCCGGAUUGCUGACUUUGAUUGGAUGUAAUGCGUUUUCUAACUUUUGUGGUCAGUUUGUCAGCUACCCCCUGCACCUAGUGAGAACUCGCAUGCAGGUUCAAGGUUUCAGAGAGUUCUGUAAGGUGAAUGGUGGGAACUGCGGCGGGGCGGGGCUGCAGGGGGUCGAGGAGAAAGUUGGAGGUGAGGAAGAGGGGGCUCCCGGAAGUGGGCCGAGGGUGGAGGCCCCCUGGGAGGGCUGCCCUCUAGAGACGUCCCCAGGGGGAGGGGGUGGCACAAGGGCACGAGUCGCUCCUGUCGCAGGCGAGGCGCAGGUCAGAGUACCCACCUGCGGAGGCCGCUGUUUGCGCUGGGAAACACCUGGAAGCUCUUUCGAGGCCGCCUGGGGAAUGUGCGACCUCCUCGCUUAA